AUGAUGCUGGGAGGGCACGGCGGCGGCGGCGGCGGCGGGAGGUGCCUGUUCACGGCGUCGCAGUGGCGGGAGCUGGAGCACCAGGCGCUCAUCUACAAGUACAUGGCCGCCGGCUCGCAGGUGCCCCACGAGCUGGUCCUCCCGCUCCGCCACCGCGACGCAGCCUUCGCCGCCAUCGACACCGCCCCCUCCCUCGCCUGCUACCCUCCUCCGCAGCCAUCCCUGGGGUGGGGGCUCUACGGGGCGGGAUCGCAGUACGCGCGGAAGCCGGAGGACCCGGAGCCCGGGCGGUGCCGGCGGACGGACGGCAAGAAAUGGCGGUGCUCCAGGGAGGCGUAUGGGGAGUCCAAGUACUGCGACAGGCACAUGCACCGCGGCAAGAACCGUUCAAGAAAGCCUGUGGAACCAAUGAGCUCCGCCUCCUCCGUCUCCUCCCCGGCCGCCUCGUACCGCCACACCGCCCUCUCCAUGUCGCCCCCCACGCCGGCCGACACGCCCAGCUACGGCCACGGCCACGGCCACGACCACCUCCGCGCAGCUGCUGGUCAGAGCCAGAUAAACCCUCUCCAGCUCCACCUCGACACCCCGUCGCCCCCGCCGUCCUACCACAGGUACGCGCCGGCGCAGCAGUACGGGGGCUCCUUCUUCCCGAGCAGGCAGCAGGUGCAGGAGGAGGAGGCGAGGCGGCGGCAGCACUUCCUGGCUCUCGGCGCCGACCUGAGCCUGGACAAGCCGGACGCCACCACCGCGGCGUCCUCGACAACCGAGGAGAAGCCGCUGCGGCGCUUCUUCGACGAGUGGCCGCGCGACGGGAACGCCGUCGAGGGUAGGCCCUGGAAUAUGGGCCACCGGGACGAGACGCUGCUCUCCAUGUCCAUCCCCACGACGACGGCCUCGCACCCCGACCUCGCCGCCGCCUCGCGCUACCACCACCACCACAACGAUGAAUAA